GCCGAGGAGCGGGGGCAAAGCACAGGAUUUCCGAGCACCCUUUGCCCCGGGCCCCCCCCCAUCCCUCCAGCUGUCACCGGGAGGAGCAAUGGUGCUGGAGUCGGUCCCUAGUCCCCCCCUCCAGGGCUAGUGCCAGGCGUGGGGACACGCUUGGGUUGUCCUUCCUCGCCGUUUCACUUCCUUGUCCCCAUCUUCUCCCCCCCGGUGCAUAAAACCCGUCUCAGCGAGUCUGCAAGGCCAGAGCCGCCGGGACGUCCGUGGGGACGCCACCGCGGGGUGGGGACAAGGGUGGAGACCUGGCCGGCCCGGCAUCCAGCCUCGCGGGCCCGGCCACCGGCAUGGGGACGGCACCCGAGCCCGCCGGGCACUACCAGUACCGCGUGCUGGUGCUGGGCGACGCGGCGGUGGGCAAGUCGUCGCUGCUGCGCUGCUACGCCGAGGGCCCGGGGGCGGCGGGGGCCCCCGCGCCUUGCCCCACCGUCGGCGUGGAGUUUUACAGCCGCACGGUGCGGCUGCCGCCGGCCGGCCGGGCCAAGCUGCAGCUGUGGGACACGGCGGGCCAGGAGCGCUUCAGGUCCAUCACCAGGUCCUUCUACCGGAGCGCCGCCGGGGCGCUGCUGGUCUUCGACGUCACCAACCGGGCGUCCUUCGAGCACGUCACCGAGUGGUACCAGGAGGCGGCGGGCGGCGGGGCCACCGGCGAGGCGGCCUUCGUCCUGGUGGGCCACAAGUGCGACCUGGCGGGCGAGCGGGCCGUGUCGGCCGAGGAGGCCGGGCGCCUCGCCGCCUCGCUGGGCAUGGCCUUCGUGGAGACCUCCGCCGCCAGCAACCUCAACGUGGAGCUGGCCUUCGAGACGGUGGCGGGCCGCAUCCACGAGGCCCUGCGGCGCGGGGCGCUGGCUCCGCACGAGGCCCGCGACGGCGUCAAGCUCCUGCCCAGCAAGCGCCGCGGCCAGGCGCCGGCACGCGGGGAGCCCCGGGAGCGCUGCCAGUGCUGACGGCGCCGGCACGGCCGGGCUGGGACCCGCCGGCAGCUGGGACGCCGAUGGCGGUGACAACGCUGAGGUGCCACGCUGGUGCCGACGGGCAAAGACGGGGAUUUAUUUCACCCUCCCUGGCUUUUCUCUGCUCCCCAGCCCCCUUCGCACCUCCUCAGCCAGCGCAGCUCCCUCGGGGGGGGGGCACCUUAAUUUGGGGGCUAUGGAAAAAAUAUGCCACCAUGGUUGUAUUUUGAAUAAACCAGAUGCUUUUCUGCACCGAAUAAA